AUGUCAGACCCUCAAUCGAGUAGUGAGCUGUCAGCACCGGAAAAGGGCGCCGAUACGGGAUUUCAACCUGGAGAUGAUACGUUUACACAUUGGCGCAACAUCUUCAACAUCCUCACGGGGAAGAUGACGGCUGAGGGAAGAGAGAAGUUUCGCGUAGCACGAGAUCUGCGAAAUGAAACGGAAGACUGCAAGCGCUGCGAUGAUCAAAGAAACUAUCUUUUGCAGUACAGCCCAGUUAUCCGGUAUAUGAGUGACAGCAUCCGGCAAUUGGGCGGUGAUUUGUCCAGCCAUAAUAUCUAUUGUCGUCGAUGUACGAACCGGAAAGCAGGGGGCUUUGACCCUGAAUAUGGGAUUUUGCUUUGCGCAAAUGAAAUGAAAGAUCAAGGGCAUCUGGAGGAUACAUUAGCCCACGAAAUGGUCCAUGCCUAUGAUCAUUUAAGGUUCAAGGUUAAUUGGGCUGACAACCUGAGGCAUGCAGCUUGUUCAGAGAUUCGAGCCAGCUCACUGAGCGGAGAAUGUCGAUGGGCCAGAGAGUUCUUCCGACGUGGCCAGUGGAAACUUACACAACAACACCAAGAGUGUGUUCGGCGAAGAGCUAUUUUAUCAGUACAGGCACGACCAGGAUGUCAAGAUAAAUCCCACGCUGAGAAGGUCGUUAAUGAGGUUUGGGAAAGUUGCUUUAGAGACACGCGGCCGUUUGACGAAAUCUAUCGAUAG